CGACCAUGGCAGAAGUUGGGUCUGCUGAUGUCAUCACACAUCUAAAAUCGAUCUUCGCUCGCCAUGGCAUCCCAGAGGUCAUGAUGUCAGAUAACGGACCUCAGUUCUCUGGACAAGUUUUUGCUUCCUUUGCGGCCUUAUAUGGUUUCAAACACGUUACCAGUAGCCCUAGGUUCCCACAGAGUAAUGGCGAAGCUGAACGUGCUGUCCAGACGGUGAAAAGUCUUCUGAAGAAAGCAGCUGAUCCCUACCUGGCUCUACUCGCUUAUAGAGCCACUCCUCUUCAGAAUGGCUACAGCCCGGCUCAGCUCCUCAUGGGCCGGCGUCUACGCACCACAGUGCCAUCUCUUUCCUCUCAGCUGGACCCUGCACUGCCUGACGGCUGCACGCUGGUUCGGCAGGAAAGGGAGAAGAGGAUGCUUGAUGCUGAAAAUUACAAUAGGCGUCACCGUACAAAGACUCUCAGGGAUCUGACACCAGGAGAACACGUAUGGGUCACUGACGUAAAAUCAUCUGGAACUGUGAUCAAGAACCACUCCACUCCGAGAUCUUACCUCGUGGACUUACCCCAGGGUGUGGUGAGACGCAACCGCCUACACCUGAUACCUGAACAGACACCUACACAGGACAAGUCUGCACCACAGCAACAGGUGCCAGGGCCAGUUCCAGAGCAGGCUCCCAUGUCGCCCGCGGUGGCAUCUCCAGUCUCCCCUACAGAGACUAACACUCUCAGAACUAGGUCUGGGAGAGCUGUAGUUAAGCCGACUAGGCUUAACCUGUGAAAUACAAUCCUGUGUUAUGAUGGUAUGGUUACAUGAAAGAUAUGUUGCAGGAGAGGGAGUUUAGUUUGAGCACUUUAUAGCAACAAGUUAAAAAUUCGGGAACUUUUGGUUGCAUAGUUGACGUGUUCG